AUGGUUCUGGAUGUCCUCAAAUAUCUGUGGUAUAAUUACCGAUUUCUUGGCUGUUGGUUUCCUCAAGCUGAGGGGCUUCCACGGAUACGCAGGAUGAAGAUGGUUGUUCCUCUUCGAAGGUAUCAUUACUUUGGCUAUCGGUAUCGCUUCGUUCUUCUUGAUGCCUACUUCACCAGCAAAGACCAAAUCCAAAAGGUUGCCCAAGGGAUACUUCAACAAUCGAGAAGUCAAGAUCAUCGUCAAUGGAGUCAUCCGAGAUGA